AGAUGAAAAGCGCAUGUCGAGUUAUAGGUUAUAGCUAUAGUAUUAUUAGCAGUCUCAAUAUUACUGUCGUUUUAUUUUAACGGAACAAUCAUUGUAAUAAUCAUUGUAAUAUUUAGUAAAUAUUUUUUUAUAACAUUAUGUCUGACAAAAUAAUACCUUGCAAUGCUCCAUCAAUUCAGCAAUCGAGCAAUCCUGCUGAUCAUAUUGUUUGGAUCGAUAUGGAGAUGACUGGACUUGAUAUAGAAAAAGAUCACAUAUUAGAGAUUGCUUGUAUUAUAACAGAUAAGACAUUGAAGAUUAUUAGCACAGAAUUAAAUAUUAUAAUACAUCAAUCGAAUAUAAUUUUAGACAAUAUGAAUGCAUGGUGUAAAAAGCAGCAUAAAAAAACUGGAUUGACGGAAAAUUCCCGCUUAAGUACCGUUUCGUUAAAAGAUGCUGAAAAUAUGGUGCUUAAUUUUUUGCAAGAAUACAUUCAUCCAGGUGUAUGUCCAUUAGCUGGAAAUACAGUCUACAUGGAUCGUUUCUUUUUAUACAAAUAUAUGCCGCUAGUUAACAAUUAUUUGCACUACAGGAUUAUUGAUGUUAGUACAAUCAAGGAAGUUGUCAGAAGAUGGAAUCCAAACAUAUACAAAUCUAUUCCACAAAAAGAAUUAAAACAUAGAGCUUUAGAUGAUAUAAAAGAAAGCAUUAAGGAGCUAGCUUAUUAUCAAAAACAUAUAUUUGAACUUCAGUAA